CUGUCCGCUCGCCACCCUCUGCCGCUUUCACCCCGUUGCUUUGCUGCUCGAUUCCCAACUAUCCCUACAUUCUCUUUGUUUUGCUCCAGUUGAUAUAAGCAACAUGGGUUCAAAGAAGAAAGACAAAAAGGUGAAGAAGGAUUCAGUUAAAGAUGAACAGAAGGGAGAUACUACAGAGGAAGUACCUUUGAAGUCUGUGGAAAAUGCAAGCGAACAUAAGAGUCAGUUACAAAGGCUUUCAGAAAAGGAUCCAGAGUUCUAUGAAUUCUUGAAGGAACAUGACAAAGAGCUUCUUGAAUUCGAUGACGAGGGGGAUGCUGAAUCUGACAUGGAUGAUGAGGACACUCAAGAAGGUGAAGAUGAAGAAGAUGAUCCGAUGGAUCGGGCAGAUGGUUUAGCAAAGAAGGAUGUGAAACCCUCUACAAAGACAGUAACCAGCGAAAUGGUAGACUCGUGGUGUAAAGCAAUUCGGGAAGAGCGUAGAAUCGGUGCAAUUCGUUCUAUUAUGAGAGCUUUUCGCAGUGCUUGCCAUUGUGGUGAUGAUGAUAGUGAGUCAAAGUUGAGUUCCAUGUCCUUUCCAGUCUUCAAUAAAAUCCUGUUAUUUGUAUUAAGCGAAAUGGAUGGAAUCCUUCGAACAAUGCUGAAACUCCCACUUUCCGGAGGAAAGAAGGAAAUGAUCCUUGAGUUAAUGAACACACGAGCAUGGAAAAACUACAAUCAUCUAGUGAAGGCGUAUCUUGGUAACGCUCUUCAUGUUUUGAACCAAAUGACCGACUCAGAUAUGAUAGCUUUCACUCUACGACGCCUAAAGUUCUCUUCUUUAUUUCUGGCUGCUUUUCCAAGCCUACUAAGGAAGUAUAUAAAGGUUGUUCUUCAUUUUUGGGGAACUGGAGGAGGUGCUUUACCAAUAGUCUCCUUACUGUUCUUAAGAGAUAUAUGCAUUCGUCUUGGUUCAGAUAGUAUCGAUGAAUGCUUCAAAGGAAUUUACAAAGCAUAUGUCUUGAACUGCCAUUUUGUCAACGCAACCAAACUUCAACACGUUCAAUUUCUUGGAAAUUGUGUUAACGAACUUUUUAGGGUGGACCUUCCGUCUGCAUAUCAACAUGCAUUUGUUUACAUACGACAAUUAGCUACGAUUUUACGUGAAGCACUUGCUACAAAAAGAAAGGAAAUAUUCAGGAAAGUCUAUGAAUGGAAGUAUAUGAACUGCCUUCAGCUUUGGACCGGAGCUAUUUGUGCGUAUGGUUCAGAAGCUGAUUUUAAGCCUCUUGCAUAUCCACUGACUCAAAUAAUUUCUGGGGUCGUUCGUUUAGUUCCAACUGCUCGAUAUCUUCCCCUCAGAUUACGUUGCAUUAGGAUGCUAAAUCAGAUUGCAGCCGCUACAAAUACUUUUAUUCCUGUUGCUGUGCUCCUUUCAGACAUGUUGGAUAUGAAAGAAUUACAUAAACCGCCUACAGGAGGUGUUGGAAAAGCCGUUAAUCUGCGAACUGUUUUAAGGGUUAGUAAAGCAACUAUAAAGACUCGAGCUUUCCAGGAAGCGUGUGUUUUCUCUGUUAUCGAAGAGCUUGCGGAACAUUUAGCACAAUGGAGCUAUUCACCUGCUUUCUUUGAGCUUUCUUUCGUUCCUGCUGUUCGUUUGCGUAAUUUCUGCAAAUCCACGAAAGUUGAGAGAUUUCGUCGUGAAAUGAGGCAAUUGAUUCGUGAGAUUGAGGCCAACUCUGAGUUUACUAACAAAAAACGAAUGUCAAUCUCGUAUUUACCAAAUGAUCCUGCUUCAUCAUCAUUUAUGGAGGAUGAAAAGAAGAAGGGUGCUAGCCCUCUAUCUAAAUACGUCGCCACAUUGCGUCAAAAAGCACAAGAAAGAAACGACUCAUUGGUCGAGUCCAGUGUAAUCGUGGGCGAAAAAGCAUCAAUCUUCGGUAAGAAGAAAAAAGCAGGAAGUGACGACGAUGAUGACGAUGAUGAUGAUGACGAUGACGAUGACGACUUGGACGUGAAAGGGGCUGCUGUCUUCAGUUCUUCAUGGUUACCGAGUGGCGAUCACAAGGCCAAGAAUCUUGAAGAGGACGUGAAGAAUAAAAAGGAAAAGAAGCGGCAGAAACAGAAGAAGGGUGGCGAUAAAACGGCUUCUGGCGAUGACGACGUUGUGGAGGAUUUUGUUCUUAGUUCAGAUGAAGAGGAGUCGAGUGAUGAUGAUGAUGAAAAUCCAACUGAAACAGAAAAUGUUAAAGCAAAAACUGCUGUGCCUUCGAAACAACCAAACCACAAGAACAAGCAGAAAUCCUCUAAAAGGAAGAGGAACUUUCAUGCCAAUAACAACUCCAAGAAAAAGAAGGCAAACUAAUAAGGGUUCUCAUUAAAUAUUUAUAGUGAAAAUUUUGCAUUUAUAUUUUGUAGUUGAAUAUUUUCUAUUUUUUAAACUGCUUGGCAUACAAAAUUUUGGUUACAUUUCUUUCAGAUUGAAGCAAAAAUCAAGAGAUCUUUUUGUU